AUGGGAAUUCAGAUAUCAGAGCUUAAAAUAGGAGUCGAGCCUUUCCACGGCAUAACUCCCAACUCAUCGAUCAUGCCUCUCUACCGGAUCGAGCUGACAGUCACGUUUGGCACGCCCGAUAAUUUCCGCACAGAAAAGAUGACCUUUGAUGUCACGGACUUCAAGACGGCGUACAAUGUGAUUCUAGGCCGCCCAAUGCUGGGAAAGUUCAUAGAGGUGGUUCAUUACUCUUACCAAAUGCUCAAGAUCCCGGGUCCUAAGGGAGCCAUUAUAGUCAAAGGGGAUCAGCGGGUAGCGGUCAAAUGCGACAAGCAAAGCCUGGAUAUAGUCGAACACUUUGGUCAAGUGGCUAUCAUCCCCAAGGACGCAAAUUCUAAGCAUCAAAGGCACCAAGAUGUCGUCAAGGCCAAAAACUCCAGGCUCGUAAGUCUUGCUAGCACCUCUGAUCCCGGCGAUGCUGAAGGCAAGAUCAACAAUGGCAUCAACGAUAAGAAGAUCGGUGGUUGCGUCAAGCCAGUGCCCCUCGACCCAUCUGAACCAUCUAAGAUGGUUAAGAUCAGGGCCAAUCUUGACCCCAAAUAG